UCACCAUAAUCAUGCAUAGAGCGAAAUACUUCAAUGUGCAGGCAUUGGAAACAUCAAAUUAUUUACCAUUUUUUGUAAUCAUUCAACUAAAACAGACCAGGGAAACGAAAGUAUAGCUAAUGGUAAAGAACCAAUCAGUGAUCAGGAUGAUUGUAUCAUCAUCUUUCAUAAGAUUCACCUUAACGUUGUCGUGAUCAUUCCACUCUGCGGGCUUGGACAGUGAAAACGAAAUAUUUCUUCAGAGUUUUUGUCACAUUGAAACCACAGUUACAAGAUGUACAGCAAGCUUAUUCUUCUGCUGGUCAUCAUUCAUAUCAGCACAAUUGACUCAAAGUCUACAAAUGCAUUUAGAAUGAAAAAAGACAAAGAUAGAUAUGUAGUUCAAAAGCACUUCAUAAGCAGUCUCUUCCGCAAAAGGAAAUCUUGUAUUUCGACUGUAAAGCCAACCACAAAAUCGUCUAAAGAACCUCUCGUAUCGACUGCCAAACCUGAUGAUUCACUUGUUGUUGAGACAAACACUGGAAACGUUCAAGGUUUUAUAGAGGAAUCCAGUUUCCCUGGUAAAAGGAUACAGAAAUUCCUUAACAUACCAUAUGCUGAGCCACCACUUGGUAAUCUACGAUUUGAACGACCCAAAGAAAUAAAGAAACCUUGCGAUGAUAAAGUUUGCAACUCUCAACCAGAAGAAAAAAUAUCAUGUCUGCAAGCAUUUUUUGCGCAAGUGGACGAUAACUUAAAUCAAACUGAGGAUUGUUUAAUACUCAAUGUUUGGACACCAUAUCCUAGACCUAAAAACGCCUCAGUGAUGAUCUUCAUUAAUGGUUUUGGAUUCAUAAGUGGUAGUUCACACGAGGAUAUUUUUAUUGGUUCAAAUUUUGUUGCAAUGGGAGACGUUAUAUUGGUGACUCUUAACUACCGAUUGAGUGUUUUGGGUUUUCUGUCAGAUGCGGAAAAGGAAUCAAAGAAAAUACGCAAUGAGAUUGAUGAUGAUUUGAGCCGUAACAUUGGUCUGUUUGACCAACGGUUGGCCAUGAAAUGGGUGAAGAAAAACAUCGCAGCAUUUGGUGGCAAUCCUAGUAAUAUCACAUUGUUUGGACAAGGUGCAGGAUCAGUAUGUGUUUCUGCUCAUACCUUAUCUCCAGAAAGCUGGGAUUAUUUUGAUCGCGUUAUACUGGAAAGUGGUAACAUGCUUAUGUAUUGGUCAAUGUCUCAAACGAAAGAAAGGGAAGAUAAAACAAGGGCAUUUCUGAAAGCUGUCGGCUGCGACAACUGUGCGAAUACAAAAAAAUGUUUACAAGAAAACGUCACUUCAGAGGAAUUGCAAAAGUAUAUUAGAACAGAAGAUUUCAUGUUCACACCGGAUGUUGACGGUGACUUUUUCAAAGAUCAUCCUCGAUUCUUGUUUGUACAUGGUAAAGGAAAACAAUGUCCCACGAUUUUUGGCACGGUCAAAGAUGAAAUGUUUAUUACCACCAGUCACAUCAUCCUUAAUGAAACAAGAAGUAUCUCCCAGAUCAGUGCAAUCUUUAACAAAACUCUCCGUGGCGCAUUCAGUAAUCAUGCCCGUUUUUACGAAGUCGCCCAUAAACUUUAUUCAUCCGAAUGCACGUCGUCGCUUACUGAAGCCUACCGACCCUUGGUCAAUUUCCUAACAGACUGGGCAUUCACGUGUCCAGUAAAGGAAGAAGCAUUUUUGCGAGCAAGAUUUUUCCCAAAACAACCUGUUUAUGUUUACCGGUAUGCGUAUGCAUCAGCAGUACCACUUUUAUAUCCCAAAGGAACGUUUGGCUUUGUAGCGCACGGAAUGGAUUUACCGUUCGUGUUUGGUCUUCCUUUCAAAAAACCUUUGUAUUCUAAAGAAGAUAGGAUUCUGUCUGCUAGAAUGAUUUUAUAUUUCACUAAUUUUGCAAAAACUGGAAAUCCAAACAUGCAUCCAGCUGAGCUACCGAAGCAUUUUAAGGACAUCGAUCAGGUUGAUCUUCCUGAUUGGCCACGUCAUACCAUAGAUAAAGAAAAGUAUAUAAAAUUUGAAGGUUUUUCAAAGGUGGAAGUGGAACAUAAUUUACGCCAAAAGUACUGCGAAUUUUGGGAUGCCCCUAUGUAUGCUAUAUAUAGAUCAAAGUAUUUUUAGUUCUUUUUAUUGUUUAAAGUUUGGGAUCUUACAUAAAUAUGAACAUUGUCUUGUUUCAUGUUAAUGACAUAAACAUUUGAUGUCUUGCAAAUAAAAUUUUUUCAUUGUCCA